ACCACCACCACCACCUGCUUCUCCGCACACCACACGCCCGCAGAGCACAUUCAGCGCCAAUCCAGUCCUCGCCUUCGUCGCCGUUAUCGCCGCCUCGCCUGCACCGCGCUGCACCCUCCACACCCGCCUGCGCGCUCCGCUUCUCUUUCCCUCUCCUCCUCUCUCUCGCUCGCGCCAUGGCCGCCGCCCCGCAGACGGUGCCGUGCGCGUACAAGACGGGCCGCACGCUGGGCCAGGGCACGUAUGCCGUCGUCAAGGAGGCGGUGCACAUCCGCACCGGCGAGUACUUUGCAUGCAAGGUCAUCAGCAAGCGCCUCAUGGAGGGCCGCGAACACAUGGUGCGCAACGAGAUUGCCGCGCUCAAAAAGGUCAGCCAGGGUCAUCGCUCCAUAGUGACGCUCGUCGACUACUUUGAGACACUCAACAAUCUCUACCUCGUCACGGACCUCUGCGUGGGCGGCGAGCUGUUUGACCGCAUCUGCGAGCGGGGCAGCUAUUAUGAAAAGGACGCAGCACACAUUGUCAAGACGAUCACCGAGGCGGUAGUCUACCUGCACAACCAAGGCAUUGUCCAUCGCGAUCUGAAGCCGGAAAACCUCCUCUUCCGCGACAAGAGCGAGGAUUCAGACCUGCUCAUUGCCGACUUUGGCCUCUCGCGCGUCGUCGACGACGAGAAGAUUACCGUGCUGAGCACGACGUGCGGCACGCCCGGCUACAUGGCGCCCGAGAUUUUCAAGAAGACCGGACACGGCAAGCCAGUCGACAUGUGGGCCAUUGGCGUCAUUACCUACUUUCUCCUCUGCGGCUACACUCCCUUUGAUCGCGACUCGACGAUGGAGGAGAUGCAGGCCAUCAUCAAUGCCGACUACGCUUUUGAGCCGGCCGUGUACUGGGAGGGCGUGUCGCACGAGGCGCGCGACUUUGUCGCCCAGCUGCUCACCAUCGACCCAAAGGCGCGCCUCACGGCCGCUCAGGCACUCGAGCAUGCGUGGCUGGCACACGGCGUGCAGAAGAAGAAGGAGGAACAGAGAGACUUGCUCCCGGACAUGAAGAAGGCCUUCAAUGCAAAGCACAAGUUCAAGGCGGCCGUCAAUGGCAUUCGACUCAUCAACCGUCUCAAGGCCGAGACCAACGACGGCGGCCACACGGUGCCGCCGCAGGAGAUUGCCGAGCUGCGCAAGGGCAUCGAGGAGGCCGAGAAGGAGGCGGGCAGCUUGGAGAAUGUGCUUGCGCAGUGAAAGGAGAGAGGGCGCAAGGGCGCGCUCUGCUGCCCUCCGUUUGCGCGCGGCCAUCCAUUCUAAUGGGCGCGCGCGGCACUUGGUCUUCCCCCCACUCGAUUGCUCGUCGCUUGCGUUCGAUGGGCCUCGUUCCCCUCUUCGGGCUCCACGCGGGGCGGCCAAGGCCUUCGCCUGGCGCGAAAGGGCUUCCCGCCGCGCUGCUCUUUCCCACUUCCCUUCCAUCUCUCCCUCCACGCGUGCCCCCUCUUGCCCGUAGAUGGGGCUCUCACACUCUCCUGCCUCUGUUCCCGCCUGUUCUGUCUUGCCGCGCGCUAUACGUUUCUGAUUUGUUCUGGUAUCGAUGUGUGUUGUAACCGUGCUCCCUCCCUUCUG